UCCGGGUUGCUGGCCUCAGUCGCUGCUGCUGCUGCUGCUGCUGCUGCCGCCGCCGUUGCUGCCAGGGGCUGCCAUCACCCGCGCCGCCGCUUCUGCCGCUAGAGCCUGCCUGCAGAGCGUGGCUAGUCAUCUCGAUUGGCCUUGGUGGGAGCGGAGGGGAGCGGAGCGCGAGCGCCGGUGGGGCGGGCGGGGGCUCGAGGAUGAAGCGGACUUGAGCUCCAGGCGGAGGCCGGAGCCCCCGCCCCUCCCUCCCCCAGCCUCUUGAGGUGGAGCAGCGGCUUAGAGGCAUGGGGGGCUCCUGUCCGGCCUAAGGCUCCGACCGGCGUCCCGGACCCCUCCUCACCCCGUUACCCAGUCCGGGACGUGGAGCGGGGGAGGGGAGGCGGUCCGGCCCCGCAACCCCCGGCUCGAGGAGGCGGGACCCCGGGCCCAGCCGCCUGCCCUGCCGUGCCCUGCCCAGUUGGCCUCGGGUAUUCAUAUAUCGUUGACAAUGUAAAGAGCCAGCAUCAUCAUGAACUUCUGCCUGAAGUUCAUCUUCCCUCAAAAAAAAAAUGUGAAGCAUGUUGAAAAAGCACUCAAGAAGUGGCUGAAGGGGAAAGGAAAGAGGUGCCACUAACUACCAGGGUAACAACAUGGGAAAUACAACCACCAAAUUCCGCAAAGCACUUAUCAAUGGAGAUGAAAACUUGGCCUACCAAAUAUAUGAGAGCAACCCUCAGCUAAAAGAAUCCCUAGAUCCAAAUACGUCUUAUGGGGAGCCUUACCAGCACAAUACUCCAUUACAUUAUGCUGCUAGACAUGGAAUGAACCGAAUAUUAGGGACCUUUCUUUUUGUUAGAGAUGGAAAUCCAAAUAAGCGGAAUGUGCACAAUGAAACAUCUAUGCACCUGUUGUGUAUGGGGCCUCAAAUUAUGAUAUCUGAGGGAGCCCUUCAUCCUCGCUUGGCACGUCCCUCUGAAGAUGAUUUCAGAAGAGCAGAUUGUCUCCGGAUGAUCUUAAAAUGGAAAGGAGCGAAGCUUGAUCAAGGAGAAUAUGAAAGAGCAGCAAUUGAUGCUGUCGAUAACAAAAAAAACACCCCUUUGCACUAUGCUGCUGCCUCAGGGAUGAAAACCUGUGUAGAGCUUUUAGUAAAACAUGGUGGAGACUUGUUUGCUGAGAAUGAAAAUAAAGAUACUCCUUGUGACUGUGCUGAAAAGCAACACCACAAAGACCUGGCCCUCAAUCUGGAGUCUCAGAUGGUUUUCUCACGGGAUCCAGAAGCUGAAGACAUUGAAGCUGAAUAUGCUGCUUUGGACAAAAGAGAGCCAUAUGAAGGAUUAAGACCACAGGAUCUUCGAAGACUAAAAGAUAUGUUGAUAGUUGAAUCUGCUGACAUGCUUCAAGCCCCAUUAUUCACUGCAGAGGCUUUACUCAGAGCUCAUGACUGGGACAGGGAAAAAUUACUUGAGGCAUGGAUGUCUAACCCAGAGAACUGCUGCCAACGUUCAGGUGUUCAGAUGCCAACCCCACCCCCAAGUGGCUACAAUGCCUGGGACACACUUCCUUCUCCUCGAACUCCAAGAACUACUCGCUCUUCUGUCACUUCUCCAGAUGAAAUUAGUUUAUCUCCUGGUGACCUGGAUACAGCUUUGUGUGACAUUUGUAUGUGCAAUAUUUCUGUGUUUGAAGAUCCAGUGGAUAUGCCAUGUGGACAUGACUUUUGUAGAGCAUGUUGGGAAGCGUUUUUAAAUCUGAAAAUUCAAGAAGGUGAAGCCCACAACAUUUUUUGCCCAGCCUAUGAUUGUUUCCAACUGGUACCAGUGGAUGUCAUCGAAAGUGUCGUUUCCAAGGAGAUGGACAAACGAUACCUACAAUUUGAUAUUAAGGCCUUUGUUGAAAAUAAUCCUGCAAUUAAAUGGUGUCCUACACCAGGCUGUGAGAGAGCUGUCAGACUAACGACACAAGGGUCAGAUACAUCUGGUUCUGACUCACUCAGCUUUCCAUUGCUGAGAGCUCCAGCUGUCGAUUGUGGAAAAGGACAUCUUUUCUGCUGGGAGUGCCUUGGUGAAGCACAUGAGCCUUGUGACUGCCAAACAUGGAAGAAUUGGCUGCAAAAGAUAACAGAAAUGAAACCAGAAGAACUUGUGGGAGUUAGUGAAGCUUAUGAAGAUGCUGCCAAUUGUCUUUGGUUGUUAACCAACUCCAAGCCUUGUGCCAACUGUAAAUCUCCUAUACAGAAGAAUGAGGGUUGCAACCACAUGCAGUGUGCUAAGUGCAAAUAUGAUUUCUGCUGGAUUUGCCUGGAAGAAUGGAAGAAGCACAGCUCUUCUACUGGAGGCUAUUACAGAUGUACUCGAUAUGAGGUCAUUCAGCAUGUGGAAGAGCAGUCCAAGGAAAUGACAGUGGAGGCUGAGAAGAAACACAGAAGGUUUCAAGAACUUGACAGAUUUAUGCAUUAUUACACAAGGUUUAAGAAUCAUGAGCUCAGCUAUCAGCUAGAACAACGCCUUCGAAAAACAGCCAAAGAAAAGAUGGAACAGUUGAGUAGAGCUCUCAGUGGAACUGAAGGAGGCUGUCCAGAUACCACUUUUAUCGAAGAUGCAGUUCAAGAGCUCCUAAAAACUCGGCGCAUUCUCAAGUGUUCUUAUCCAUAUGGAUUUUUUUUGGAACCUAAAAGCACAAAGAAAGAAAUAUUUGAACUUAUGCAGACAGACCUAGAAAUGGUCACUGAAGACCUUGCGCAAAAAGUAAAUAGGCCUUAUCUCCGCACGCCUCGACAUAAAAUCAUUCGGGCAGCCUGUCUCGUGCAGCAGAAGAGGCGAGAGUUCUUGGCGUCCGUAGCAAGAGGAGUCGCUCCUGCAGACUCGCCAGAAGCACCAAGGCGCAGCUUUGCUGGUGGAACAUGGGAUUGGGAAUAUUUAGGAUUUGCAUCACCUGAGGAAUAUGCUGAAUUUCAGUAUCGGAGGAGGCAUCGACAGCGGCGGCGAGGAGACAUGCACAGUCUGCUCAGUAAUACUCCAGAUCCUGAGGAUCCAAGUGAAAGCACCUUAGAUACCCCGGAAGGCGGCAGCAGCAGCAGGAGGCCCGUCCCAUCCCUGGUCAGCUCGGCUUCCCUGAGUGUCCUGCAUAGCUCGUCCCUCCAUGACUACACCCCUGCAAGUCGGUCAGAGAACCAGGACUCGCUCCAGGCUCUGAGCUCCUUGGAUGAAGACGAUCCCAACAUCCUACUGGCUAUCCAGUUGUCUCUGCAAGAGUCCGGGCUGGCGAUCGAUGAAGAGACCAGAGACUUCCUGAGUCACGAGGCGUCCCUGGGAGCCAUCGGCACGUCUCUGCCCACCAGGCUGGACUCCAUCCCCCUGGCUGCAGACAGCCCUCGGGCCGCACUGAGCAGCUCCGAGCUCUUAGAACUGGGGGCCGCCAUCAGGAGGGCGAGCGCAGAGAGCGAUCCGCGGCUGGCCGAGGGCCUCGGCUCACCCCCCCUCGACGACGUGGCAGGCCAGUUCUAUGCGACGCCCAGUGACCCCGACUGCGCUCGCCUGGACCCCAGCAGCAACGAGAACCUCCUGGGGAACAUCAUGGCCUGGUUUCACGACAUGAACCCCCAGAGCAUCGCCCUGAUCCCUUCUGCGACUCCAGACACCCACGAGGAUCCUGGAGGGCUGCCCCACACAGAAGGGGAGUCGGGGUUGGCCCUCGGCGCCAGAGAGCCAGGCCUGGGGCUGCCGGCAGCGGCCUGCCUCCGAGAGGACGUGGCUGGGGCUGAGGAGGUCCCAGCAUCCCCCGCAGAAGAAGCCUGCUCUGAAGAGCCCCGCGAGGCAGGAGCCGCCGCCAGCAGCAUCGACGCCACCGACGGCAUGGACGCCACGGAAGAGGCUCCGAGUCUCCCCGCUCCGGCCUCCAAAGAAUGGACCGAGCAAGUGCAUUUGGUGUGAGCGCCGGCACUGAGCGGGGGGCAGGCGGUGUGGUCCGGAGACUUGAUCCACAGGAUUCCAGACAGGAUGGAAAACCCAGACGUGCGUGUGUUCAUUCCACCGGAUGGUCAUUCCCUUUUCAAUUUGAACCUUUCAAGGAAUAUCCUUCGCAUUUCAUUGGGUAGCAUUUUCCCUCUUUCUGACAGAAAAAAGGAACAAGUAGGUUGUGUUCCACAUUCCCAAGAAAAUGCAGGCUCUGUUUAGCCCGAGGUUGGCAGAAUUAAAUUUGAAAGUACAAAUUAAAGGCAUACUCUAAAUCUUUUGGUGGGUUUUCCUAAGAAAUAGUUCUUCUCCAUUUCAGAAAUUCUCUUUUGACAAACCUAAUAAUGUGUCUGGCUCUUCAUUUUCCGAUUUUUGUGCUUUACUGUAACAUUUUUGCAUUUCCUUUUGAUUUUAAACCAGCAGCGUGAAUUGCGACUCUCCAGCCCUCUUCAACGCUGCAUCUACAACAAUGUCGUGAGUUUUAUUUUCACAUAAAUCAAAGAUUUUUUUUUCAUGUCUAUUUACAGUCCAAAUGUGCCAAACUGACGAGCCGGCGUCUAAGCAGAGAGACGAGUGUUCAGUGGUCUUCAGGGCCCCAAAGCAGUCUUGUGAUUCUUUGGAGGGAAACGGGCCGCACAGUAGAGCUUCAAUGGGCUUCUGUUGCCAUGGAGACUGCAUUGAAAUAAAUGUAGCCUGUAGCUUAAGUUAACUAAACCUAAUGCUGCUGUUAAAAACAGUUUAUUUUAAUAUUAAAAUACAGUUGAUUAGCAACAGCGGUGCUGUAUUUUAAGAGACACUUUAAUGGAAGUGCAAUCAUAGUUCUUUGUUUUCACAAUUUUACAAUGCAUUCUACUUACUAAUGGGUGCAAUUACUUUUAAUGGCAAAUAUUUUAUAAAAUAGAGGGAAAAUGGAGUUUUCAUGAAUUAUAGUCAAUCCCACAAUUAUUUAAGGAAAAAAGUCAAUAAGACAUCCUGCGCAACAUGUUACUGUGCCUUUGCCUAACCUAAGUGGAUAGUUGCCAGUUAAACAAGUGAGUAAUUCCAAUUUCAGUGUGUGUUCUGAAGUAACUAUGCUAUGAAUUGCGAUGACCUCCAUAAAACCACCCAUGGCCUUGCCUUUACAGUAAAUAGAACAACUCGACGUUCAUUCAGUCCGUUUGCCCGAAGAGCAGACGCUGAGAUGUAUUUGUUUAAUUGCACAAUACUCAUUUGCCGUGUGAUUACUGUUUAAUGUUUUAAAAAAUCGAACUUCUAGUUAUCAGUGUCUUACUGUGAAGAAAAUAUUGGUCUUAGCGGUAAAUCAGAUCGUGGUACAGUACGUGCUUACACUAGAGUCCCCUGUGGAAUGGCUGCUACUUCCCUAGACUCAGACUAGCCUGGCAGCGCCCCUUUACGUUCCUUCCCAGAGUCGGGCCGACGACAGACCCCCCAGCCGCAGUCGCGCUCUUCUUGUUCACUUUCCCCAAGUCCUUUGGGCGGGAUAUGACAUUAGCUACUAGAACAUUCCUCCCAUGGAAAGGAGUUUCCUGGGAUUCUCCCUUUGACACAGAGAUGACCAGCCCACACUAAUGUCCAUCCUUAGUUAUUUUGGGAAAAGAUUCAUUUUGUCUGCAGUUCAGUCAUAACGGUGACAUUGAUGUUCCUAUUGAGGUUUCAUUUGGGGGAAAUGAUCCGUUUUAUCUCUGGUGACCCUGUAAGUUCACCUGAAAUAGUCCCUGGAAGCAUUUGCACAGAUUUAUUUAUGACUGACACGAGAUACCAAUAAUUUCUUUUGAGUUGUCAUUUGUCCCUAGAACGUCACCGAGGUUCUGCGGGUGGCCCGAGCCGUCUUUGCAGAGCUGCAGUGAGACGAGGGAUCGGGUCGGCGGGAACGCGGCGGGUCCGGGGCAGUUCCGGGUCGCCUGUUCUGUCCACCCGCAGCAGGAAAACUCAUUCGAUUUGUAUUUUCUUGGGACACGUUUUAAAAACGCCAGUCAUUGACUUAACGAUUCAGAAAAGGCGUUUGGCAAAGCCUAUUUUGUAAACAAGUUAAUUUUGUAAUGUAAAAAUUACUCUAACCUUGAAUUGUUCUUUGCACUUUCAUAGCCUAUACUUGAUACAUUCCCACUUUAUAUACAAUAGAAUUCUACAAACAUGGAGAUGUUUGGCCAAAUGAAUGCUGUUAAUAAUAUGUAAAAUUCUUUGAUUAAACAUUUAUUACUUAAACUACUUCCAUUUGUCUCAUUACGUUUUGGACCAAUUCAUGAGGCUGAUAUCCUGCAUUUGAAGUGUCUUCCAGCAUGAUGGGAUUAAUUUGGUUUCUAUUUUUAAACUGAUUAGUGGCUUUUUAAAAAUUCUCCACUAUGUGGACUAUUGAGUCUGUCUGUUUUUUGGUUUUUGGUUUUUUUUAAAUCCUUCCAACAAAUAAUCCACCCCAUGAUACUGGGGGACAAUUUGUGAACAUGAUGCAACCUUGCAGCAACUAAACUGCCCACGUUUUAUCAGUCUCUUGGGAGAAAUCGUUGAUAAUUUUUCAUUGAAUUUUCAAAUUCUCCAAACACAUGCAGGUCUCUAGUAUAUGAAAUGAAAAUUCUUUUUAUCAGUAUUUUAAUUGGCAUUUAAAAAGCCAUUCUCCUAGGGCAAGUAACAAUUUAUGUUGGGUGAAUGAAUGGUGCCUGCCAAUUCGCCUAGUUUACUACGGCAUCACUUUAUGAAAGGGUUAUCGGAUUGAUUUUUUUUAGCUGUGGAUUUUAUAAGUGUCUUUUUUUUUAUUUAUUUACAAGGUUGUAUUAAAUUAUAGGAGAGUUAAAGAUCAUUAAUAGGUGCUUUUAAAACCUGUUUUUAUGAGAAAUGCUAAAUGCUUAUCUUUUUGAACUGUAUUAAUUAUGCCUUUCAGUGUGAGAAGCUGGAGCUUAACUGCUGGUAUUCAUAUAUUGACAUGUUUGUUAUUUAUUGUAGCCAUUCACUUAAUUAGUUUUGAUUUGUUCAGUCCUAAAAAUAUUUUCAAAGUAUCUGUUACAAAUGAAAAUCUGAGGCCUGAUGAAGUCAGACAUUCUGUAAAAAGUUACAUACGGUUUCUAAGGAUUAAAAUCUAUAUAUUAAAUGUUAGUACUAAGUUUCAUUUUUUUAGACUGAAAUGCAGAAACUCCAUGGAAAAAAAUAAAUGUUUUCUCCACUGAAGUUAAACACUGAAUACUUGACGACUCACUCACUAAGGGUGGAUCCUGUAUUCUUAGCAACGUGGAAUAUGUGUCUUAUUAAUCAACCCUAAUAAACUUUUUGCCAAAGAAA